CAGUAGAAACACUAGAAUGUGUUUCUGAGGAGAAAGAAAGUGUAAUGAUAUUGUCGUUGAGAGGUAUCAGAGAAGGAAUGAAUAGUGUGAAGUAAGUGAAGAGUGAAUCAGACUCGACGCCGCCCAUUCACACAGUGACGCCCAGAGAACGGCAGAAAGAGAGAAGGAGAGGAAAGGAGAGGGAGAGAAAGGAUAGAGAGAGAGAGAGAGAGAGAAAGAGAGAGUGAGUGAGUGAGUGGGUGAGUGAGGAAGGGAGAGAGAAAGAGAAGUUCGCUCUCGAGAUAUAGGACACUGGUGGGAUAAGAGAUAUAGAAUAAAAAAAAGAAAACAAACAAACAGCGGGAACGCGUUUUUACCUCAGUAAGCAGAAACAUAACGGGACUUACACGCGAGCUGUGAGCGCACGCGCUGAAUGCGAGACCAUGACGGCUGCCGUGGAUAUGACGCCAACGUUAACUAUAAUAAAAUCCGAAAAAGCAGACGAUCUGGAAUGUGGGGAUGUUCCCCUGCUGACUCCAGGGAGCAAAGAGAUGAUGUCGCAGGCUGUGAAAGCCACCUUCAGCGGUUUCACCAAGGAGCAGCAGAGACUCGGCAUCCCUAAAGACCCCCGGCUGUGGACAGAAGGACAUGUGAGAGAAUGGCUUCUGUGGACAGUGAACGAGUUCAGCCUGAAGAACGUAGACUUCCUCAAGUUCUGCAUGAACGGUGCCAGUCUUUGCGCACUGGGCAAGGAUCGCUUUCUAGACCUGGCGCCCGACUUUGUAGGGGACAUCCUGUGGGAGCACUUAGAGAUGAUGCUGCAAAAAGAGGAUCCAAAGCAUUUCCCUGUCAACGGCAUAAGCUCAGGUUUCCAGGAAUCUCGCUAUACCUCAGACUACUUUGUCAGUUACGGCAUUGAACACGCUCAGUGUGUUCCGCCUUCGGAGUACUCGGAGCCGGGCUUCAUCACAGAGUCCUACCAGACCCUUCAUCCGAUCAGCUCGGAAGACCUGCUGUCACUUAAAUUCGAGAGCGAAUACACCAACGUUAUUCUGCGUGACACGCCACUCAACCCACUUCAGGGCGACUACUUCCCCGUCAAACAGGAAGUGUCACCUGACAACAUGUGCGUGGGUCGGAUCAGCAGAGGUAAACUGGGAGGCCAGGACUCGUUCGAGAGCACUGAGAGCUUCGAGAGCUGUGAUCGUCUGACGCAGUCAUGGAGCAGUCAGUCGUCAUUCAACAGUCUGCAACGCGUCCCCUCCUAUGACAGCUUUGACUCAGAGGACUAUCCCACAGCCCUGCAUGGCCACAAGCCCAAAGGCACGUUUAAAGACUACGUCCGUGAGCGCUCUGAGCUCAGCAAGGACAAGCCCGUCAUCCCAGCUGCUGCCCUUGCGGGUUACACGGGUAGUGGACCCAUUCAGCUGUGGCAGUUUUUGCUGGAGCUCCUUACAGACAAGUCCUGCCAGUCGUUCAUCAGCUGGACAGGAGACGGCUGGGAGUUCAAACUCUCCGACCCCGACGAGGUGGCACGGAGGUGGGGCAAGAGGAAGAACAAGCCCAAGAUGAAUUACGAAAAGCUGAGCCGUGGUCUGCGCUACUACUACGACAAGAACAUCAUCCACAAGACAUCAGGCAAGCGCUAUGUCUACCGUUUCGUGUGUGACUUAAAGAGCCUUCUGGGAUACACACCUGAGGAGCUGCACGCCAUGCUGGAUGUCAAACCCGACACGGACGAGUGAAACACCAGUCCCGGAGUACUGGGGCCGAGAGACUUUCCUCCCUUAUCCUCACAACAGUGGGUGUUUAUUUUGGGUCCAACCAAGUCCCGUCUUCAUACCUAGUCAUGGUUCCAGUCUUGUUUUGAGCUCAUGACUGCAGCUAUCGCAAAAGGACCCAUUCCAAACCUUACCAAAGUUCAUAGUCUGUAGCGUGUAUCAUAAUUCAGCUCUGAAGAGAAAACAGUGAGUUUCCAGCAGAGCCGCCAUUUUGACCCAGCAGCACCUAAAAAACAGACUGCAGUAGAGGGUGGGACUAGGAAAGAACGAAGGACUCGUUCCUAAAGUGGACAUUGUAUGGAUGGAAAGUUCCGAAAAUAUGUUGCCAAAGUUACAGAAAAAUGGAACUUUACAGAAAUACAUAAAUAUUUACUAUUAAGUUACUGUUGCUGUCUCAGAGUCCUCUGGACCAUACAAAAAUGAUUAAAGUAUUUUAUUUUUUAUUAUUAUUUUUUUCUCUGAUAUGUUGUGCCAGUAUUACUUUUUUAAUUUGUAAAUGAAGGAUUGAUAAUGCCAAAAUGUUUUUUUUUCUUCCCCAUGUGUUUAGAGUCAAAGACUCUUCACAUAAGUCGCAUAACUGAAAACUCAGCAGGCGAGACCAGAGACUGCUAUUUUACUCAUGCAGUUCAGUUAAAAGAAAAGCCUCUCACUCAAACCGAGAACGGGUGACAGACACGACCGAAAGUAGCCGUUUUUCUGCUCGAGGGCGGCAAGCUGUGAACACACCCGCCCUCGACUUAUGGGCAGGAGUGUUUCGCUUCUAAGCGAGCACAACUUAGGCAGCUGUUAAGCACGGCCCGUCUCAGAUCUCCUUUUUCUAAUCUCUAACGUUCAGACAAAGGACUUCAAGCAUCUCUUGCCUUAGUUUUAUGUCUAUGUUACCACUCCUGUCACUCGCCUUCACGUCUUGUUUUGUCUGCGCCGUCUCUUGAGAGCACAUGUGAUGUAAACACGUCUGUAAUCUUGCUGUCUGUAAUGAGACAGAGUGAAGGAUAUGUAAGUGGAGCACAAUAGAAAUGUCAUUUAACUGAUCUAGUCCUCUUUUGUGAGUUGAUUGAUAGCAGGAAACAGGCUUCCUGAUGAGCUGGGACCAAAUUUAUGUCCGUGUGUAACUUGUUUUAGUUUGUGUGCCUGAGGACAAAAAGCUGAAUGUAAUAGAGAUCUUAGCCAUAAGCCUGACGCAGGAGUUAUUGAUCACUGAAGUGAAGGUAGUGUGAGUGAUUUGAGCAUGGGAUAGUAAUGGAUAAUGUUGGAUAGGCGUACGAAAGUAGGGGUGUAACAGUUUCAGACUGUUUUAAGAUCGACAUGUAUGCGUUAUGUUAAAGAAAAUGGUCAAUGAUGCUACUGCAGUUGUAGUGGCUUCAGAUCUGAAUAGCAUUAGCACAGAACAAGGGCUGACCAAUAACACAACUGAAAUACAACAAAAAUAUAUUACACAUAGAUACUGAAUUGAUUUCUAUUACUAAUAUAAAUAACUAAUAAAACACAACAGAGCAUGCUGUUACAAAAAAAAAAAAAAAAAUAGAUACUGGGGUGUUGUAAAGUAGCCUGAUGCAAUGCAUUAUUUUUCCAAUAAUCUCAUGUCCUGAAGUGUUCUAUUCCUCUUAUAACAUGCAGUGAUUCACCAACAAUUACAAUCUUUUUAUUAAUUAAAGAGCGACACUUAUUUUUUAUCCAUUUCUAGUUACAUAUAUUACUGUUUUCAUUUAUGUUAUAGCAGCUAGAAUCAUUCCCUCACCAGCCUCUCUCUCAAUUUUCCACAAGACAAAAAAGAAGUUUCUUAUUGUACAAAGAACCCACUAAGCACAAAGAUCUCUGAAUUUAAGACUUCCCCUGGUGGAAAACCUGACUGUUACAAAGCGCUAACACUGGAGACUCCUUCCAUUAAUGCUAAAUAAACUUCUCCUUAGGAAAAAUGUCACCAUAUCAUGUUUUACUUAUCAUCUUUUUAUAUGGAGAGUUGGAAAUACAAGUCUCCGCGUGUAGAAACAACACCGUAUUAGAAUGAGCACCUAAUCAGCAUUGUUGCUAGCAGUGUGACUCUGGUACCUGUUGCCUUUUCAGUCGUGGUUUGUGUUCCACAGAACAGGCGGGCUUCGUUGGGAAAAAAAACGCCGAAGUUAAGACGUCUCAUAUACACAAUGUUAUUGUUUACAGUGGUAUGCUUGCCGCCUUGAUGGGUUUCAUUUUAGAAUUGUCUGUUUGUACAGAUUGUGUUUCAAAACGCUUUAAUACAAGACCCCGAACGAACAAAUAAGCCACUGUUAAAGCAGUAAUAACACAGAAAUGCGUGUGAGGUCUCGGAGCCGAAGGAUUUGAUGCUCAUCCACGCUGCUGAAGGACCAAACCCACAUUCCAGUCAUUUUUUU